CCAAUCGUGCUUUAGGAAGCAAGGCUGCGUACACCUCACAAAACACUGGGCCACGCGAUCGAUGUGGACGCGGGGGCUUUACCGCAUCUCACUUUCUUGCUCAUCACAAACUCUCAACACGAGAAAAAGAAAUCUAGUACCACUACUAUCUAUCUAUUAAUCAAUACUUUCGCAGCUGUUCGAACAUAUAUAUAUUAUGGCCGCUGAAGCUACCGCUACUGUCGUUACCCGGUCAGGAGAAGCUGACCAUGGCGUUGUCGUGAAAAGCAGGCGUUACCAUGCUUGGGUCGAGAAGAACAUCCCUGACCUUUCGGGCAAAGUUGCCAUUGUCACGGGUGGAAACAGCGGCCUUGGAUUCUGGGCGGCAAACGCCCUGGCGGGAAAAGGAUGCACCGUCGUGCUGGCUUGUCGAAAUGUCGCCAAAGGCAAUGCGGCCAAGGAGGAAGUCAUUGGGUACCACCCACACGCCCAAGUGGAUGUCAUUGCCAUGGACAACAUGGAUCUUGCCACGGUGCAUUCCUUUGCCGAAACAUUCAACAGCAAAUACGAGCGCCUGGAUUUCCUUCUCAACAAUGCUGGCAUCAUGGCACAACCCUUUCAGAAAUCAACCGAUGGCUUUGAUGUGCAAUUUCAAACCAAUCACCUGGCUCAUUUCUUGCUGACCCAGCUGCUGUGGGAUAAAAUGAUGCAAACGGAGGGCCAGUCCAGAGUGGUAAACCAUGCCUCCUUUGCUCACGCAACGGGUGGAGUCAAGUUUUCAAAAGACAAAAUGGAGAAACCAGACUAUGACAUUGGGUAUUUCGGAUUCAAUAUUUGCCUGUGGAAUGCGGUGUUUCCCCUUGGUAUUGGAAAAAACCGAGAUUACUGGACGCGAUAUUGCUCCAGCAAACUCUGCAAUGUUCUAUUUACCAAAGAGAUGGAACGAAGACUCAAAAGCAAAGGGGUCAAUUUGGAUUCCAAGAUCAUGACGGCAUCAUGUCACCCAGGCUAUUCCAAUACCAACUUGAUGAAUGUGGCCGGUGAAAGUUACGUGGGUUGGAAGAUCAAAAACAAGCUAUUUUCCCAGUCCCCUGCCGAUGGAUGCCUUCCACUGCUCAAAUGUGUUGUCAGUGAUAAAAUCAAGAACGGAGACUACGUUGGACCCAAAUAUUGGCUGUUUGGUUCUCCCAAAAGGAGCCAACCUUGUCGCAACGGCAAAAAUGAGAAAAUGGCCAAGGAGUUGUGGGAGUACUCGGAGGAAUGCGCAAAGGUGUCCUUUAACAUCUAAUAAAUUGAAUUUUGAACCGUG